CGUGCGGAUGAUAUAGAGGAAUUUCAACUUAUCGUAGGAUGGCAUUCGCGAUACGUUAAUGACAUACACAUCCCACACAACACGACACAACACAGCAUUGCCAGUUCAGUACGGCAGCGGGCCCCGACUUUGAAACGGACAAGACACGCGCAAUCGUUGCAUUCACGACAAUCAACACGACAGUCAGCCAGCAUGGCGACCGCCGCCACCGCGACGCCGGCCCAGCUGGCGCAGCAGAUCCUCCAGCACAAGGCGCCCACCUACACCUUCACAUUCAGCCCCUUCCUGCGCAAGACGUACGGGCACGGCCUGGCGCCCAACCGGCCGAUAUGCAAGUCGUACGCGUCGACGGGCGCGUGCGCCCUGGGGACGGACUGCCCGGACCGGCACGAGUCGCCCAAUGCGGCGUCGAGCACCAACGCCUCGUACAACAGCCUCGUGUGCAAGCACUGGCUGCGCGCCCUGUGCAAGAAGGGCGAGUCGUGCGAGUUCCUGCACGAGUACAACCUGCGCAAGAUGCCCGAGUGCAACUUCUUCGUCCGCAACGGCUACUGCUCCAACGGCGACGAGUGCCUCUACCUCCACAUCGACCCCCAGAGCAAGCUGCCCCCCUGCCCCCACUACGAGCAGGGCUUCUGCCCCCUGGGCCCCAACUGCAGCAAGAAGCACGUCAGGAGGACCCUGUGCCCCUACUACCUCGCCGGCUUCUGCCCGGACGGCAAGCAGUGCAAGGACGGUGCACAUCCGCGGUGGGAGAGGAACCUUGAGCGGCCGAUACCGAAGAGCGAGAAGGAGGCCGAGGACGCUGCCGCGAGAGCGCUGCGGGAGGAGCAAGGCUUCGGGGACGACGAUGGCGGAUUCAGGAGAGGUGGCCACAGAGACGACGGAGACGACGGGAGAGGAUUCAGAGGCGGUAGGGGCGGCAGGGGACGUGGUGGGUGGAAACCAAGGGGCAGAGGGUUCGGCAGAGGUAGGGGCGGUGAUCGCUAGGAUGCGGAUAUCCCGACUCGUCUCCCGGGACGGCCAUUUUUAUCUUUCCUGGGGACAUAACGGCCGUCUUGUUAUGAGGCGUUCGUGGCUCCCCGAUCAAUCUUUCCCAGACUGGUCAGGCGCUAGCUUUUAUAGAAAUAUGAUACCCCCAAUGGAUCGCAUGAUUCGAAUCAAUCCUCGCGCCUUCU